CUCAUUUUCUGCCUAGUUUGCAACAGCAUCAAAAGCAGAGUCUAAGAGAAGAAGAAAACAGAAAAGAAUGAGGUCCUUUCAUGUCACAGUGACAGCUCUGUGCUGUGUAGUGGUUGCGGUUGGAGUGCUACCACUCUCCUUAGAUGCACAACUUGACCCUUCCUUUUACAGAAACACUUGUCCAAAGGUUCAUUCCAUUGUUCGCGAAGUCGUCAGAACCGUCUCAAAGAAAGAUCCCCGCAUGCUUGCUAGUCUCGUUAGACUUCACUUUCAUGACUGCUUUGUUCAAGGCUGUGACGCAUCGAUUUUGUUGAACAACACUGCGACGAUAGUGAGUGAGCAACAAGCUUUGCCAAACAAUAACUCGAUAAGAGGUUUGGAUGUUGUGAACGAUAUCAAGACAGCAGUGGAAAAUGCUUGCCCCGGAGUGGUUUCUUGUGCUGAUAUUCUUGCCCUGGCAGCAGAAAUUUCUUCUGUUCUGGCUGGUGGUCCUGAUUGGAAAGUACCCCUUGGAAGAAGGGAUAGUUUAACAGCAAACAGAACCCUUGCAAAUGAAAAUCUUCCAGCUCCAUUCUUCAAUCUCACUCGACUUAAAGCUGCUUUUGCUGUUCAAGGCCUUGACACUACUGAUCUAGUUGCACUCUCAGGUGCUCAUACAAUUGGAAGAUCUCAUUGUGCUUUCUUUACUGAUCGAUUGUACAACUUCAGUGGUACAGGAAAACCCGAUCCAACUCUUGACACAACUUACUUGCAACAAUUGAAAAAAAUAUGCCCCAAUGGUGGACCUAACAACCUUGCCAAUUUUGACCCAACUACUCCUGAUACAUUGGACAAGAACUACUUCUCCAAUCUUCAGGUUAAGAAGGGUUUGCUUCAGAGUGACCAAGAGCUAUUUUCCACAACUGGUGCUGAUACCAUUAGCAUUGUCAACAAGUUCAGCAGUGACCAAAAGGCUUUCUUUGACAGCUUUGAGGCUUCAAUGAUUAAAAUGAGUAAAAUUGAUGUGCUCACUGGAAAGAAAGGAGAGAUCAGAAAACAUUGCAAUUUUGUUAACAAGAAAUCUGUUGAACUUGAUAUUGCUACUGUGGCCUCCCAAGAUUCAUCGGUGGAGGGUAUGGUUAGCUCAAUCUAAAUGAAUUAGGGUUGACUAGUGUACACUUGAAAAGGUGUGAUUAGACCCCACCAAUAAAGAUGUUACAGGCACAUUCAUGCCAUGUGCCCGAUGCUAGCUAGUUGUUAUGCACUGUGUUUGUGUAAGAUUUUCUUUAUUGUAGUUUGAAUCAUGUAGUGUUCAUAAUCAAAUUUCUUUUUGUGCCUCUAA